GGCGGGAGGCCAGUUUGGGCGGGGGAAGGCAGGCCUGUGGCGCUCGACUUCUGGUCCCAAGCGCGGAGCGGAGGGGCCGCCGCGACCCUGAGGAGAAAGACCGGCCGCCGGGCGCCUCUGUCCCCGGAGCGAGCGAGACGAGGAGGAUCCUGCAUCUUUUGACAGAAGAUUAUUCACAAAGGAUGGGAAGCUUUCUGUGAGAAGAAUCAUUCUCCUUUGCUUUGUGCCUGCUUUUCAAAGGACACAACUGCACUAAUUCUCCCAAGAUUGCCUCUGAAGGUUUGGAAUCCUACUCAUCUCUCAGUCUGGCUGUGUGUUUGGUAUGCGGAUUGUACCUCUUCACUGAUGAGAGGGAGAAUGGGAACCCAGGGCAGCCCUGUGAAGAGCUAUGAUUAUCUGCUCAAAUUCUUGUUGGUGGGAGACAGUGAUGUGGGCAAGGGAGAGAUCCUGGAGAGCCUUCAAGAUGGAGCAUCAGAAUCACCUUAUGCCUACAGCAACGGUAUUGACUAUAAAACCACAACAAUCUUAUUAGAUGGCAGAAGAGUCAAAUUGGAACUCUGGGAUACAUCAGGCCAAGGGAGGUUCUGCACCAUUUUCCGAUCCUACUCCAGAGGAGCUCAGGGAAUCCUCUUGGUAUAUGACAUCACCAAUCGUUGGUCUUUUGAUGGCAUAGACAGAUGGAUGAAGGAAAUAGACGAGCAUGCCCCUGGUGUACCUCGCAUCUUGGUUGGCAACCGGCUUCAUCUGGCUUUCAAAAGGCAGGUGCCAACAGAGCAGGCCCGGUCCUACGCAGAAAAAAAUUGCAUGACAUUCUUCGAGGUCAGCCCUUUGUGCAAUUUCAACGUGAUUGAGUCCUUUACGGAGUUGUCACGCAUUGUCCUAAUGAGGCAUGGCAUGGAGAAGAUCUGGAGGCCCAACAGAGUGUUCAGUCUGCAAGACCUCUGCUGCCGUGCCAUUGUUUCCUGCACACCAGUCCACCUCAUAGACAAGCUGCCUCUUCCCGUCACCAUAAAGAGCCACUUGAAGUCCUUCUCCAUGGCCAACGGCAUGAAUGCCGUGAUGAUGCAUGGCCGCUCAUACUCCUUAGCCAGCAGCGGCGGAGGGAGCAGCAGCAAAGGCAACAGCCUGAAGCGCUCCAAGUCAAUUCGCCCUCCCCAGAGCCCGCCCCAGAACUGCUCGCGGAACAACUGCAAGAUCUCUUAGCAAGCUGGUCCUGGGGAAGGUCUCCUCCAGCUGAGCGACGCCUGCACCUGCUCACUGAUAUACAGAUGUUUACACGCAUGUCACCCAUUCCUCUUGCCAGUCUGGUGGCAAUGCCUCCCAGAUGGGCAACAAGCUUGUCAACGAGCAUUAGGUUGGCAAGACCCCAUGGGGGUGAGGGCAAGGUGGUGCGUCAAGCCAAACUUGCCAGCAUGCGGUAGGUCUAUUCCUUGCCCUGCUCUGGAGGGAGGACUGUGUGGCUGCCUCAAGGAAAUGACUCUUCCUCAUUCGUGGGGUAGAGCUAAGGGUAGCUGGGAUUCCGUGCUGCAACUUUAAACUUUAACCAUUGCACUUGGGCUCCCAAGUGGGUUGCUGGUGCUAAAGUGAACACUGACUCUUUCAAAGGGGAAAAAAAGGGGGGGCAAGGUUUGUCAUAGUCAACCCAGGCUGGCUGGGGAUCCUUCAGAAGCAGUCCACUUGACAUUUUCACUCACUUAUAAAGGAAUUAUGUCACUACUUCUAAAAGGUCUCCUGGAGUGGCCCGCUUUUUUGAAAGGAAUGUCAUUGAGAGAAAUUGUUGUGCUGCCUUGUAAAUAGAAGCCACCGAGCCUUGACUCCCCGGGCUAAUUGAAGUAAGAAGGGGUUUAGUAGGGUUCAGGGGCAAAAUGAUCAAACACUCCUGAGAAUUGUAGAAAAGGCACAGGGUUGCUCUUAAUACUCUUUUUCUUUAAAAAAAAAUGUAAAAUUUAUGUUUGUGAAAGUAAGGAGAGAUUUUUCUUUCUUUCUGAACCUGAGUUUUCCAGACAUUCCUGUUAACAAGUUCAAGUGGAUAGCAAGGGCAGAGUUUGAAGGGCAUUGCUAUGUUGUGGGGGUGGGUAGUUCUCACCCCAUCCGGAAUUAGUUAAUUAUUGACCUGUGGGAUGCAUUAAAGCUAUUCCUGCCUCCAGGAGCCUGAAGACAAAAGAGUUUGCUGUUCCAAAUCUCAAAAGAUCGUGAUUGAAAGAAAAGGAGAUAACACCAUCAGAAAAUGUCACUCUUUUAUGUCUUGACAUAAUUCCUGGCUGUGCAAGGCAUGGAGAGAUCUUAGGCGCUUGUGCUAUAGCAUGUUCUCCUACUGGACAGAAAUACUUGCACGUUAUGCCAGCUUGCUUUGACAGUGUGGCUCUGGUCUGGUGGUAUUGCUUAAAAAAUCUUCUUUGAGUUGGAGAGCAGCUGGAGCCCACACGAUUUUAAAAAUCCAGGGCACAUUUCCUUUGAUUCUCUUCUCUCCUGUCUUCUCUUCUCAAGGGUUAUCAUCAUCGGCCAACAUUGAGCAAGGAAGUUGCUACUAAAGUUACAAGAGCCUCUUCUCUUAGGGAUCGGAGGUGGGGAGAAUAUUGAGAAACUGAUAAGAUUGUGCCACCAUACCUUAGAACGGAGGUGGCCUCAAUCCAGUGGUAAGCCCGAGUUUUGUUGGGUGUUUUGUUAAACUGCUUCUUACAGUCCGUGCAGAUGUUUGAGCUCCUCAGGCCUAGUUCCAGCUUUGAUGGGGUUUUCUUGUUCCCUUUCUGUGCAGCCUGACCCUUGUUCACAUGGAUUCUGAAGACUCAAGAGUUACGUCUGCUGCUGCUCAUGCUUAUUAGAUGCAUGUUGAACUAGAAUUGAAAGGAAGCCACUGCAAUUUGCCUCUGCAAGCCCUGAUAGGAAGCGUUCUAAGUUAAAGAGAGAAGGGGCUUGAUAGUAAAUGAACCAAAAGGGGAUAGAGGGCAGUCAUUUGACAUCUCUUUACAAUACAUCCUACCCACUCCAGUAUUCAUAUUCCCCCCCUUCCCUUCUCCUUUUGGAGCUAGCUGGUGAAAUGUCUUCUCCCAGGUGUCUUAUCCACAAUGGCAGCUGCUCCCCAGCUAGGAAUGGUUGCCCAGCACAUCCUUGAUUGGAAUGGGUAGUAUGAUGCUGUGAGAUGCUCUCCGCACAGCUGACCACCCGUUUUGUUCAGGAACUUCUGACCGAAGCCUGGCUGGCAGGGCUGCAUCUUGCUGCCUGCUCUUGAGAUUGCUUGGCACGAAGGGGUAAGCCAAGCCCCACUGUUGGCACAAGCUCAAGCAGGGUGGCAGGGACAGGUCAAGGGCAGGGGAGAGCCUUUAGCGGCAUCUCAUCAGACUCAGAACAAAGCUGAAGCCAAAUCCAGGCCAGGAGCAUGGAAGCUCGGAGAUUUACAGGGCAUGUCCGCAGAGCCAAGGCCACCUGUUGCCACUUGCUCAAAAUGGAGUGGGAGACAAUCACUGACUCAACAGCCUGGCAUUCUGGGGAUGUGCUGUGAACAGGUGAUCCAGGAGGCAGCCUGAACAGCCAUCUUUCCACCCUGGGUUUUAAAAUAGACACAUCCCAAAACAGCUAUAGAAUGUGCAUUGUGUUUUUGUUUCUGAAGAAUUACAGGGAACACCCUCUAUCUAUCUAUCUAUCUCUCCCCUCUCUCUCUUUCUCCAGCUUGUCAGCUGUAAAUCCUCCCUAUUGUCUCUCCAAUAGAUGAUAAAGCUUGUACAUAAGUUCUAUGGCUGCGAAUUUCCUUCCCACCCCCUUUUCUUAUUGAAGAAUAGAAGAAGAUGCUGCUGCACAUAAAAAAAACCUGUUUUCAAUUGUCUGUACUCAUUCUGUCCUCUUGCCUUCCAUUAGUUGUACAUGCAUAUUUUUGGCCUCACCUAAAUGCCUAAUUUUUCUUUUUCUUGCGCUUUAAUCGUGGCAAAUUCUUUGGAAUGAGAUUCUCUGGAAUGUCUGCCAAUCACAGCUGAACUUGUACCUUAUUUUAUUAAUGUUCAACUCAAAAGAAUGUGAUAUCAAAACACUAGAAACUAGCUGCUGUUAAACACUUGUACCAUUCCUCUGUUUUUAAUUCCUUUGUAUAGUAAAUGUUGUUAAACUGAUGGGUUUUUUUAUAUAAAUUUUGAAAAAAUUGUUUUAAAACCA